UUUUUUUAACUUCCAAAAAGGAAAAAGAAAAGCAAAAAAAUGGCUCAUCGUAUAGCGUUUUCUGUGUGUGUCGUUUCGUAUUUUUUAUUCAUCGGUUUGAUAUCGUCGGAGGCUUUCUCGGUCGUCGGAUCAGAAGUUGAUCCGUUGAUCAGGCAAGUAACGGACGGUCAAGAUGAUGGAGUGGAGACACAGCCUUUGACCGCUGAGCAUCACUUCUCGUUGUUCAAGGCUCGGUUCAAGAAAUCGUACGGCUCGGAGGAGGAGCAUGAUUACCGGUUCAAGGUUUUCCGGGCGAACUUGAGACGAGCGGCGCGUCAUCAGAAGCUUGACCCGUCCGCGACUCACGGUGUGACUCAGUUCUCCGAUUUGACUCCCGGUGAGUUCAGGAAGAGGUUUUUGGGGUUAAGGAGGUUGAGACUGCCUAAAGAUGCGAACCAGGCACCGAUUUUGCCUACCGAUAAUUUGCCUGAGGAUUUUGAUUGGAGAGAAAAAGGAGCUGUUACGCCCGUCAAAAAUCAGGGUUCAUGUGGAUCAUGCUGGUCUUUUAGUACAACAGGAGCCUUGGAAGGUGCUAAUUUUUUGGCAACUGGAAAACUCGUGAGCCUUAGUGAGCAACAGCUCGUUGAUUGUGAUCAUGAGUGUGAUCCAGAGGAAGCAGGUUCAUGCGACUCAGGAUGCAAUGGUGGUCUCAUGAAUAGUGCUUUUGAGUAUACACUCAAAGCUGGUGGACUCAUGCGUGAGGAAGACUACCCCUACACUGGCACUGAUCGUGGGACCUGCAAAUUUGACAAGUCUAAGAUUGUUGCUAAGGUGGCCAAUUUCAGUGUUGUUUCCCUUGAUGAGGAUCAAAUUGCUGCAAAUCUUGUGAAGAAUGGUCCUCUUGCAGUUGCCAUAAAUGCAGUGUUCAUGCAAACAUACAUUGGGGGAGUUUCUUGCCCGUACAUUUGCUCUAAACGCCUCGACCACGGAGUAUUGUUGGUGGGGUAUGGUUCAGCAGGCUAUGCCCCCAUCAGGUUGAAGGAUAAACCAUAUUGGAUCAUUAAGAACUCAUGGGGAGAAACCUGGGGUGAAAAUGGGUUCUACAAAAUUUGCAGGGGUCGCAAUGUUUGUGGUGUAGAUUCCUUGGUCUCUACUGUUGCUGCUGUUAAUACCAACUCUGAGUAAUGUACUAAUGUGUGUGUAUGCCCCAAUUGGUUUGCAUAUAUAUAAUGUUUUACGCAGGUAUUUGGGAAAAAACUUGAUGUUUUUACGUAAACCUUUUAAAUUCCUCAUGUUUCUGUAUUUGUGUAAAAACAACCGAAAUGUUUGUUAGUGCAAAAAAGUACCAAUUAACCUUU